UUGUCGGAUUAACUUUGUGCAAGUUGUUCAUUUCUAUCACUAAAACAUAGAAAAAUGAAGAGAUCAUUUACGUUUUUCAUUUUAGCAUUAAUUGCUACUAUAAUUGCAGGUGAUGAUGAAAGCCAGUUGGAACAGAUAGCAAAAGAAUUCAAAACCACUGUACCAAAAUUAAAGGCAUGUCUGGACGAAGAAGAAGUCAAAAUAGAGCAAUUAAGUACUUGGUUCCAAACGUUUAAUUGGAAUGGCACGGAGCAGAAGAAUGAAGGCGCCAAAGAAGAAACAAAACGAUCUUGUGGUUUUAUAGCUUGUGUAUUGGAAAAGGAAAGAAUGAUGGAAGAUGAGAAGUUAGCUGUAGACAAGAUGAUUGAAAGUAUAAAAGAAGACAGUAGGGAAGGUGUGCCUUCAGAGGACAUUUUAACGAAUUGGAAAAAAUGUAUGAAUUUAUUAAACGAAAACCAAUUGACUCGGGAAGAUAGAGCCUGUGGUUUAAUACAGUGCUUUUAUGGUCAUUAAACGGUAAGAGACAGUAAAACAAGAUUGUAAAAUGCAGUAUAUCGGCUGGAUA